AUUAUGAUAGGCACUAGCUUUGGAUUUUCGUGCUCUCAAGGUUAUAAGGAAUUUCGUGAUGUCGACGUUUAACGCUGGGCCAGCAAAUACAGGAGCUGCACCUGUGGAGCUCACUGCAGGCAAAAUCCGUGAAAUGAUGGCUAAUGCUCAAAGAGCAAUAGCUCAACGGAAGUUUGAGCUUGGCUUGACGGAGAAUGGUGCUGCCAACGGGUUGAAUUUUCCCCCAGGAGUCAUUCCUGAUACAGAGACAGUUGAUAAAAUGAGACGAGCUGCUCAACUGCAAGCGCAGAUAAACGCUCGCUUGAACUCAGGAAUUCUGAGUAGCCACUCUGUGAACAGUGACUCCAGGAAGUCUAAGGAUAUUCCCAAUGUGAUAUUCGACGAGCAAGGUAAAACUAUCGAUGCUUCUACUGGAGAGGAAAUACAGCUUACUCACUACACACCAACACUCAAAGCCAAUCUCAGGGCAAAACGAGCCCAGCAGUUCAAAGAGGUUCUUCAGACCACAACUCAGAAGAAACCUCAAAAGUCUUCAGUAUCAACCAUAUUUUUUGAUCCUCGACUAAGAGUUAAAGCUGCUUCACGUCCAAAGCGGCAAUUGAGUUUCCAUGAACCUGGAAAGUUCGUCAAAAUGGCUCAGCGCAUGCGAACCAAGUUCCAACUUCAAGUCUUACAGGAAUCUGUCGCCCAAGCUGUCAGAAAAACGGGUAUCGCUAGUGCAGCCAAACUGUCGACCAUCCAACCCAAACGUUCCGUCGACGAAACAGAUAUACCAUUACUGGAAUGGUGGGAUGCUUAUAUUCUGAAGGAGGGUGUAACUAGUUACUCCACUUUAGACGAACUAGCAAUCCAUGGCCUCCCUGUCUCUGCCGCAGUUAAUAAGGCCUGGAUCACAAGUUUGGUGGAACAUCCAGUUAAGUUGAAGCCUCCAACUGAUCUGUCCAAACCACCGGAAAUACCAUUACUCUUAACGAAGAAAGAGCGCAAAAAGCUUAGACGUCAAAACCGUCAGGAAGCUCAAAGAGAAAAGCAAGAAAAGGUUAGACUUGGUCUAAUGCCACCUCCUGAACCAAAGGUCCGUCUGGCGAAUUUGAUGAGAGUCCUAGGGUCCGAUGCUGUUCAGGACCCAAGCAAAGUGGAAGCGUAUGUACGAGCCCAAAUGGAAUCCCGGAAACGAGCACAUGAAGCCGCUAACGCUGCCCGAAAAUUAACAAAAGAGCAAGCUCGUUACAAACGUAUUAAGAAAAUACGAGAAGACACAACUCAUACCGUUCAUGUAGCUGUUUACAGAGUAAAGGAUUUUUCGAAUCCAUCUCAUCGAUUCAAGGUCGAGACAAAUGCCAACCAGCUACUUAUGACAGGGUUAGUCGCACUACACAGUGAUUGCAAUGUAGUGGUUGUAGAAGGGGGACCUAAACAACAACGGAAAUUUCAACGUCUCAUGCUUUGUCGAAUAAAAUGGCGCGAAGGUAAACGUGGGACAGUUGGUAAUCCGUCGGGUUCUUUCUCUCACGAAGAUCGUGCUGCCACAUCUGAACUUGACAGUGACACAGGAUGUCGUUUAAUUUGGAAGGGUACAGUCAAACAACGUGCAUUCGAUAAAAUUCAAUUCAAAGCAUGUCCCACAGAACUUUACGCACGCGAACAAUUUCGUAAACGUGAUGUGGAACACUAUUGGGAUCUUGCAUACAGUGGAGCUAUAUUAGAAACUCUUGAUAGCUAACAUGUUUCACAAAUGUUCUUAGACAUUGACUCUGUCAAACAUAUUCUGUUUAUAAAGUGGUAUUUUUGGUGUAAAUACAAAUGUACAUCUUUCCUAAUGUUUUAUUGAAUUAAUGUUAUGCAAUAAUGUGUUGUACAAAAAAUUUCAUUUUCUUUGGUAGAUACCAAAAUGUUUAUGAAAAGAGUAAGAUGUUUUAUGUUGCGUUUGAACACUGUCUACUAUUUCUGUUUUACAUGAGUUAUGUAAACACUUUUUGACGGUGAAAAACUGUUGUUUGUUUUAAACAUGUUUCUGUCGUUUUGAGUUCCGAAUUGUUUUUUUUCUUUUGUCUAUAUAUACGAAAGUUUUUCAAUUCGUUAUCUAAUUCUAUUUUCCUUGCACAUUGUGGACUAUGUAACAUUGAAGUCUGUCAUCUUGGGCUAUCUUACUGCGAGUUGUAGAUAUUCUCUGGACAAAACGCUUCAACCUCGUAUCAUUUUAAUAAGUUGGGAAGUGUAUUUUGUAAAGUACUUUUGAAAUAAUAAUUAGGAUUCUCUGGGUUAUAAGUCAUUCUAGAAAUCUAUUUGAAAUAUUUAUUUAUGAGAAUAUAUAAGUAUUGGUUUCUUA